GUCACAUACAUGAGCAGCCUAUAGAUCCUUCAGAGAAACAGACACUGGUUAUUGAUUUGGAACACAUUGAUUCUCCUCACUCAGAUAUCACGGUGACCCUGUGUCCGGAAACCAGCGCUGCUAAGAUUACCGUAGACCCCCACCAAGCUGGCUUGCUAGCACAGGAUAUCCCAGGUCCUCAGUCAGAUCAGCCUUGUCAAAACCUUGCUGUGUCCACUUACACAACUUUGGACACCACUCCAGAGGUCAAAGAAGCAGCAAGUAUCAAGAGGUCGUACUUCUCAGCUUGUGACCAGUGGCUGGAGCCUUUUUCCGACGGUCCAGAGAGCGACUCUGAGGACAGUGACCAAACAGACUCCCUCAGUCAAGACAAGCCUGACCACUCAGUCUCUGAGCAGGGUUCGGCUACCUCGGAAGGUGCAAAGAAGUCUUCAGAUCUGAUCUGCCGUCUAGAAUACGAGCAAUACUGGAGCAGUGAGGAUUCGGCUGUUUCUGGGCUUGGUGAAGACUUUCACUCUGACUUCUCACUGCCACAGGUGGAGCACCUUCCGCUGAAAGACUCCCUUGGUAAGAACACGUGUUUAUAUCCAGAAGGCCGUGUAGAGAAUGCUGACCCAGACUUGUGCAGGGUUCAGACGAAUCACUUAGACUCAAAAGCUUGUGCAGGCACAGAUCUCGUACAGUUGGUUCAUGCUGGAGUGGAUCACUUGACACAUUCUGCACGCUGCAAAGAUAAUCACCAGAGACAUACGCACACAUCACUCUGCACGGACUGUGUACAAGAGGCUGGUUUGGACCGCUCUUUGCCAAGCCAGCCGUGGUCUGAGGUCCUUGAACCCCCAGCAAGUUGUCUGGAGACAAAGGGUCAUCUCCAGCCAGACAAGGAGCAAAUAGUGUCCCAGUCUCUCCAGCCUUCCUGUUCUGUACUCCAGGAGAACAGAAUAGACUCACACUUUAUAGAAAUAUUUAACAUCCCAGUCACAGAAAAGGGUGAAACAGAACACACUGCAUUUUGCCAGCUGAGCCACAAAAGUGUAGACAGACAAAAUACAGAAACACACAGUACAGGUCACAGAUCACAGUUCACUCAGGCUAUAAGCCUAGAUAUACACCACAGAAGCACAAUCAGCACCUAUACAGAGAGCAACCGUGGAAGGUACAGAGAAACAGAAGACAACAGAGCAUUCAUACAAUCCACAGUGUGGGCAGCACACAGCCCAGCCCCAGGCCUGCUCCCUUCCCGAAGCCUGGAGCCUAUUCCAGAGACAGAGCGCUGCUUGGAGUACUGCACUACUCCCGAGGAUGAGGCUUCUCUAAGUGACAAGAAAGCAGAAGCCCAGCGAACGGGGAAUGUAGAGAUGAAGCCUGCUGAGUCAGACCGGGACGUCCUCGGGGUUACCUCAGGCAUGCUGUCAUCCAGCAUCUCAGAAGGAUGUGAAGGAAAGUCUGAGGUCCAGCCAUGCCCUGCUUCCUCAGAUCAGAAUGGAGGCGUGUGCCCACAGCCUGUCGACGUUGUCCCAGCCAAGAGUCCAGCGACAGCCUCUGUGGAGCUGGAUACAAGCAGCAUCAAUAGCGAAGAUCUGGAGGAUCCUCGAUCUCCUCCUGCAGGCAAAUCACACAAAUCCACAAGGACUAAAGCCAAGGCCUCCAAAUUCUCUGUCUUUGCCAAAAUGCCUUCCUUCAGGCGAGGAAAGAGUGCGUCAAGAGAUGGCAACGGCAGUAAGGGCCACUCACCUGAGGGAGGGGUGGUGGACCUCCUUGUUUACAGGAGUCAUCUGAUCCAAGCUCCAGAUUUAGCACAAGACCUAGAGGGUCAAGCUGACAAUUCAGACGAUGAAGUCUUCUACAAAAGUGAUACAUUGAAUCAGACAGUGCUCCAGGUGUUGUCUGGUAGCCAGGUAGACACGGAAGAAGAAGAAGAGGAGAGGGAUGAUGAUCGUUCGGUCCCUCUAAGCUCUACAGCAUGCACAGGCCAAAUUCAGGAUGUAUCUGACCAAAGGACUGUUGAGACAGAGGCAAGUGGAGUCACAGACACUGUCAAGCAAAGCACUGCUAGCGAAUGUUCAGGCUACAGGAGGAGUAAGAGUACAGAGGGCCUAAGCCUUCGUCUGCGUUUCGCCCAGGCGCACAAGUCCCUGUCCAGCCUUUUUGAGUCUCGCUCCUUGGACAAAGACAGCGAGGAGCGGGAAGCACGACCAGAGGCUGAGGAAGUGCGUCCCAAACCCUCAUGGAGGAAGCAGAAACGGGCAAAGGAGACAGAGCUCCUGAGACGCACCAUGUCCGUUCCAGACGCAGAUGGACCUAAAGCCACUCGGUUGAUCCACAGUGAUUAUGCAUCCCAGACCACGCAGGAACGACUUGGCCAGCAGGGGGCAGCACAAUGCCACACGGACCCUCUUAGCAAGCGUGCAGUCUCCCAGGAUGGUAUUGAAGGUUCCCCACAGGGGUCCAAAUCAGAAGGACGCAGGAGAAAGUGCCCUCCAAACGGUCUGUCGAUCUCCUUCUCAGACUCUGGCCGCUUGUCAUCUGAUGACUCCUCCGAGGCCCCACCACCAGGUGACUCCAGUCCACUCUCGCCUGUGAGCCCCUCGACUCCCUCUGCACUGGCCAAUCAGCUCUCUCCGUCCUGGUACAAAUCAUCACCAAGCACCAGUGACAACGCAGAGUCUCCAAUGAGGCCCAUGAGCCCCAAACCCAACAGCCCGCGGUCCUCAGGGUCAAGGCGAGGGUUCCGUUACCCUUCAUCUCGGGCCAACACCCUCUCUCUGAUUCUCAUGGGACAGGGAGGGAGUGUCUUGGAUCCUCCGGAAAGACCCAGGACCCUUAAACCUAAAGUGGGGCGCCAGGGAUCACUUAGCCCCCUGAGCUCCAGCUGGCCCCUGGAGGACAGCAGUGCAGACAGCCAGUCUCAGGUCAGCCUGGUCAAUGUCAGCGAGUUUGAGCUGAAGGCGUCUCCAGGCAGCGUUCGAGUGUCCGGUCAGUCAGGGGCAAGGCGGACCGUGGAGAGCUCUCCGAGUCCCGCUGGACCCUCGAGCCCAAGCCCCAGACUCAGACCGGUAUCCACAGGCCGCAGGUUACCACGGAAACGCUGUUGCUCGGACGACCUGUGGAUCGAGGAGGAGAAGAGGCGGCAGAGGAGGCUGGCCAGAGCCGCACUGACCAAGCUUCGGGCACGUCCACCUGAGGAGAGAGAGAAAACAGGUAUCCAGCUCUCUCGCUCCACUGUGGAGGUUUUUCCAGGGAUGCCCCUCAGGGCGCUAAGCUUCUCCCACAGCGCCCCCACCGGCCUGGACUGCCUCAGCUGGAGACGACGCAUGUCCUACCCCUCGGUGAUCUUGCCCGAUGGAGCUCCAGAGAAGUUGGGUGUGGGUGAUGAAGUGGGCAGUGAGGAGGACCUCUAUGAGGAUCUACGCUCUUCUGGACAUCGCUUUGGUCAUCCAGGAGGAGCAGGGGAGCAGCUGGCCAUAAACGAGCUGAUCAGUGAUGGCAGCGUGGUGUAUGCCGAGGCGCUGUGGGACCAUGUCACCAUGGACGAUCAGGAGCUGGGCUUCAAAGCAGGCGACGUCAUCGAAGUAGUGGAUGCCACCAACAAGGAGUGGUGGUGGGGCCGCAUCCUGGACAGCGAGGGCUGGUUCCCUGCCAGCUUUGUCAGGUUGCGAGUGAAUCAGGAUGAGCCGAUGGAGGAGUACCUAGCCCAGCUGGAGGAGGCUCGGGAGGAGAACAGUGCCGGCAUGGCGCUGCUGUUGGGGCCGGGACUGCCCUGCAAAGAGCAGAUGAGGACCAACGUCAUCAACGAAAUCAUGAGCACGGAGAGAGAUUACAUCAAACACCUGAAGGACAUCUGUGAGGGUUAUAUAAAGCAGUGCCGGAAGCGCAUGGACAUGUUCACAGAGGAACAGCUGUGCACCAUUUUUGGCAACAUUGAGGAUAUCUACCGCUUCCAGAAGAAGUUUCUGAAAUGUCUGGAGAAGAAGUUCAACAAGGACGAGCCCCAUCUCAGCGAGAUCGGCUCCUGCUUCCUAGAGCACCAGACAGAUUUCCAGAUCUACUCGGAAUACUGCAAUAACCAUCCGAACGCCUGCGUCCAGCUUUCCAAACUCAUGAAGCUCAACAAGUACGUCUUCUUCUUCGAGGCGUGCCGCCUGCUCCAGAAGAUGAUCGACAUUUCUCUGGACGGCUUCCUCCUGACCCCCGUCCAGAAAAUCUGCAAGUACCCUCUCCAGCUGGCCGAGUUACUGAAGUACACCAACCCCCAGCACAGGGACUACAAAGAUGUGGAGGCAGCUCUAAAUGGGAUGAAGAACGUGGCCAGACUGAUUAAUGAGAGGAAAAGGCGUCUGGAGAAUGUGGAUAAGAUCGCCCAGUGGCAGAGCUCCAUAGAGGACUGGGAGGGAGAGGACAUCCUCAGUCGGAGCUCAGACCUGAUCUACUCUGGAGAGCUGACAAAAAUCUCACCACCUCAAGCAAAGAGUCAGCAGCGCAUGUUCUUCCUCUUCAACCACCAGAUGGUUUACUGUAAAAAGGAUCUGCUGCGGAGGGACAUCCUGUACUACAAGGGCCGGGUAGACAUGGACCAGAUGGAGGUUUUGGACGUGGAGGACGGGAAGGACAAAGAGCUGAACGUGAGCGUGAAAAACGCACUGAAACUGCGCUCGCUCAGCGGCGACGAGGUGCACCUGCUCUGCGCCAAAAAACCUGAACAGAAACAGCGCUGGCUCCGAGCCUUCAGAGACGAGAGGGAGCAGGUGCAGCACGACCGCGAGACAGGUUUUUCCAUCACUGAGGUGCAGAAGAAACAGGCCAUGCUGAACGCCUGCAAAAGCCAUCCAGCUGGGAAGCCCAAAGCAGUGAACAGGCCCUACUACGACUUCCUGCUGCGUCAGAAACACCCCACACUGCCCACCAGCCUGCCCCAGCAGCAGGUCUUCAUGCUGGCUGAACCCAAACGCAAGAGCUCCAACUUCUGGCACAACAUCGGCAGACUGACGCCUUUCAAGAAGUGAACACCAGAGAGAGAAAGAGAAACAGAGAGAACUCUCAGCUUGUGCCUGAACUUACUUGCCCUUAUAUCCUCAUUCAGUUAAUGUUGUUAUUAUUAUUAUUGUUAUUAUUAUUAUUAUUAUAUUUUUUUUAUUUCUGUUGUCAUUGAUGUACUUACACAGAUCUAUUGUAAUGAUGAACAUGAUGUUUAUGUUGAAUCUCUUUCUUUUUUUGGAGAAAGCACUUUAUAAGGUGGUUACAAUCAGACGGUGACUGGCCCCCCCUGGACUGUGUGAAUAUUUUUUUGGGGGAGGAGCUUUCCAGAGGACUGUAGCUCCUGUUUCUUCUGAGGACUUUACUGAUACACACUAACAUUACUAAUGGUUUUUUUUGUUCACGUCAACAAAUGCCAAUUGUACACAGUGCCAGACGAGUUUGCUUUCUUAUUUAAGUUCGUUCACUGUCGGUUAUGGAAAAGGUAAAGACGGUCUUAAUGGGUUGCGUCCUGUUUGGGGCGACUGAAGAGUUUUUAACCGUUGUACAUCUGCAGUACGUGUUUUUUGGGUGAGACUUCCCAUUGUUUUAAUGAAAAGUCUGAGGAACCCAAAGAUGUCGCUUCGAGCUACUUCAACUACAUUUUGUUAAUAUGUACAUAAUCCAUAAGCCUCUUAAAUGGAUCUUAUCUGGUUUCUCGCUGUGUUCCUUUAGCCUUAUCCUGAUGCCCUGUACACAAGAGUAUGGAAUUAACUUCUUUUUGGAAGUGC